CGAGUGCGCCUGCGCCGGACCCGCCUCGCCCACGUGAGCGGCAGCGGCGCCGCCUGACGCCGUGCUGGGAAGCCCGGGGGGGACCGGGCUGGUGGCGGAGACAUGGCGGCGGCUGCGGGGCAGAGUGAGGAGGCUGGAGCCGACCCGCCGGGCUCUUGCCCCGGCGCGGACAGCGGGCACGUCUCCCAGAGCCACAGCAGCGCCUCUGGCCUCGGCGAACCGGAGGACGAGGACGCCGUGGAGGCGUCGCUCAGCGCCACCGCCGCCGCCUAUUCUGCGUACUUGCUGGCUGACCGCAGCCUCUUCAGCGAGCAGAUAGAAAGCUUAGACGAGAGUCUAGAAGAUUUGCUGACCAGAGUGGAUGAAUUUGUGGGAAUGCUGGACAUGAUUCGAAGUGAUUCCUCUCAAGUCGUCAAUGAGAGCAUACCUCAGAUUUACACAAAAGCUACACAGAUGAGGCAGAUAUACAGGAAGAUUGACAAGCUAGAGGCUUUUGUGAAGAUGGUUGGAAAUAGUGUAGAUGGACUGGAAGAACGGGUGAUAAAGGCAGAAACAGACCUUGGAGCUUUUCCAAACACCUUCAAGAAACUCUUGCACACAAUCAGCAUGCCAUCCUUCCUUAACAAAUCAUCAUCUUCACGACAACAACAGGCCCUCUAUGAACCUCCAGUCCUCUUCAAGACUGAAGACUACUUUCCUUGCCUUAAUGAAGCACCUUAUUGAUGAUUUUUGCUAUGGGAUUGAUACGAAUCGGCCAGAACAGAGACAGCCAAAUGAACAAAAGAAAUGCCCACCUCAAAAUAGUUGCAUUUCUGAACAUUACCAAUGGCAUAUUGCCAUUCUGAUUGUCUUCCUUCAGGCAGUAUUUUCAGGUAAUCCUUGUUUCUGUAUGUUAUUUCAGGUCUUCCUAAAUGCAGUAUAGAUUUUUCAGAUUAUAAUGGAGAAGGAAUUUAAGAAUUACUUAUCCAUUAGAGUAUUUUUUUUAAUAGGGAAGUAAUAGGAAACAUAAUUUUAUAUGUAAAUCUUUUUAACAUAAAAAUAACUGUACUGCUGCAAGUGUAUAUAGCUAUACUGCAAGGAUAUCUGUCUUUUUUUUCCUAAUGUGCUGAGAUGAAAGAAAAACUAUGCAUAAGCAUCUACUCUGCAAGUUCUGAAGCAGGAUCCCUGCAGUUUGUACAGAGAAAUACGCAGUAUUGGGGUGUCCAGGUUGCAAGGGGAGGAGUCAGAAGAUUGAUGGGAAGUCAAGAAUAUGUGUUAGUGCUUGUGAUCUAGUCACAGUUCACUAAGCAGACAUUCUGCCCACACUGAUGGACCAUCAGUCACAGUGACCCAAGGUUAUAAUUAGUGCAGCAUUGUAUCAUUUGAUGUGUAACCAGGUGGGCAUGGUAUAUAUAAAAUCUGCUGUCAAAAAGAAAAAGUAUGGUAAACUGAGGGAGGAAGAUGUUCCUGGAUGAAGCCUCCAUCAGGUACCUGACCAGACUGUCCACUUUUCCCUCACAACCCUCCAUGUGGUUACUGGGGCUCCCCGUACCGAUUGCAGUGUGAGUAUAUCAUCAAUAAACUAAUAACUCCCUAA